GUGCCUGUGUGUUCAUGCAUGCCAUUACCAGCACCUUCUAAACACCGCUCUUUGUUGGCUUGUAUGUGUUUUCGAAGCACACUGUAGAAAAGGGCACCAUUUGUGUCUCUGCAAUUGUGUUUGUUCGCAUACAUACAAAAGUAAAAAUCAGUGGUUUUUCAUCCAUUUUUUAACAACAUUUUGUAAGCAAAAAUGUCAUGGGAACCAUUACCUACAGUGGCCUUGAGGAUGAACAAAACAAAGCAACGGUUCACACAACAACCCUCGAAGAAGACGUUCUUCCACAAAGGGUUCUUUGCAUGAAUAUGGUUCUUAAUGGAACCAUUAGUCUUUCAAAGAACCCUUUAAAGAGGAUUCUUCAGAAUCAAAUGGUUCAUGGUAGAACCUGAGCCUCACAUUAAAAACCCAUUUAGAAUGAAUGUUUGUCCAAAAUGCUUUUUUUCAUUUUGCGUCCAAUCACAAUGUUUUUUAAAUCUCACCUUUGCGAGACCAGCUCGUCACAUGGCUAUGAUUAGAGUAAAGAUUGUGGCGCUGGCCACUAAAGACACAUUACUGACAUUACUGAGAUAUAUCACAUUUUUAGUUGCUAUGGUGAACAUGUUCACAUUUGCCUGUUUUACACAUUCGGCCAACACCAAGCUGCUGUUCACCAGCUAGUUUGACUGUCUGCUGUCGGAUGACCUGCAUGUAGCAUGUACAGUGGCAUUUUACCCUAUUUUGUGAAAGGUUAGGAUUUACAUUACAUUACAUGUCAUUUAGCUGACGCUUUUAUCCAAAGCGACUUACAAUCCUGUUACAUACACUGUAGACACAGCUACAGGGAGCAACUCAGGGUUAAGUGUCUUGCUCAAGGACACAUCGACUAGGGCGGGGAUUGAACCUCCAACCCCCUGAUUGAAAGACGGACCUGCUAACCACUGACCCAUAGUUGCGAUUUAGCCACUAAAACACUUGGUUACCGUUCGGGAAAGAUUGUGUUAUUAAUUGCUGACGUGUGACAGGAGACGAACUCUGACCUCCUGCAUGAAAGUCAUCUACGCUGUAUGCCACUCCACAAGCCCAACCUCCAUACCUUUUACGUGACUCCUUACUACACACCGUAUACGCCACAAUACUUAGCGCAUUGGAUACACGGAGACUGGUUGAAAGAACUUUGUAAAAAUACUGAAAGUAAUUGUGUGUAUUUGCACACAGUUGUGCGAGUGUGUGUCUCAGAUACUUGCAGGCUACACAUGCGUACCUCUGGAUAUUUGCUCUACUUGCAGUGUCUGACCUUUCCCCCUUGACUUUGACAACUCCUCUCACUCUUUAAGUUACCAGAAUGAUUUUACUCUAUGAGACCAGACAUUUCCGUCAACCGUCAUGGAAGAGCUGCUACUUGGCAGCGUGUGGGUAAAAGUGAUGGGGCGGAUAAUACAGAUGCUCCCUUAGAGGCUGAAAAAGACAGAUAUUAAUAUAGUCAGUGAUAUAAACUGCAGUUGUUUCUUUUUCCUUGCAGAAACUAGGUGCUGUUGUUGAAAAAAAGAACUUGUAUCUGGGGAAAAUGUCCAUCUUUUAUGAGCUUUUAAAGGCACUGCCACUUAUGGCUUCACAUUAGUGAAGCUGUUUAAUGGAGUAUGGCGUUAGUGGACUUUCAAGAAGGAGCUGGUAAUGGUGCUUUUAGUCAUCGUGGACCUCCUUUUAUACCUUUCUUCUUCUGUUUUUAUUUCAAUGUAAAGCAAAUUGAGUUUCCCUGCAAUUUCUUUACAUUAUUUGCUCUAUUCAAAAAGAAAAGUGAAAAGGCUAUGCCGAUUUAUUUAUAGAGCACAUUCGGCCAAGCCGAUCUAUAAAUAAAUCGGCUUGGCCUUUAAAUCCUGAGAAAGUGUUAUCUUGUGUUAUUGUUGACUUGUAAACAUCAUCCAUUUCGCCAACUUCUCAGGACAUUGCUCCUCUUGAGCUCUUUUUAUGUGAAUUAACACUUCCAUAUCAUAUAUAUCAGUCACAAUUUUCAACCAUCCAUCUUGUGACGGUGGUUCUAUCGUGUGUCAUCUCUUCAUAAUAUCAAUUUUAUUAGCUGCUAGCAGAAUUUCCAGCAGAUACCUGUCUUCCCCUAACACAGUAUUUGUUGUCAUAUUAUCAAAGUAGAGAAACAUACAAAACUUGGGUGUGUCAUAGCCCAGAAUUUUGACAAUAACCUUAUGGACAUUUCCCCCAAACUGUACAAUUUCGGGCAUAAACAAAAUAGAUGGGAAUGCUCUACAUUUACUGGCCCGCAUUUCCUCCAACAUGGUUGAACUAUAGACAUUUGCUUGUAUUUUGGGGAGUAAUACAUGAUCUAAGUUCAUGCAGAUGUUGAGGAUUGUUGUAUCCUCCAAAUAUUCGACCAUUCAUCCUCUAAUAUUCACACCAAGUUCAUGUUCCCAUUUCAGUUUUACAUACAAUGUUGUUUUUUCUAAUUUUUCCAUCAAAUUUCGAUAUAAAGUUGAUGUGUUUCUAUAUUUGUUAUUAUGGCUCUAAUCAUCCCAUUUUUUCCCAAAUUAAUUUUUUGCUUUAUUUCUCUGUCAAAAAAGUCUCUUAAUUGUAUGUCUCUGAAGUUGUGCUGGUUAUUUGGUUAAUAUUUAUCUUUCAGCUCUUGGAAAUUCACGACACUUCCAUCUUUAAUAACUGUACAUAUUGCUGUUAUUCCAUAUGAAAUCUAUUGUUUAAAUCUAUGAUUGAGAGUACCUGGAAUAAAAUGUCUAUCACAGGCUAUCCAUCGCAGAAGCUUGAGCUCUUCUUCUAAAUUUAUAUUUUCGUACCAAUUUGAACCACGUCUCUAAUGUAAAUCGGGUGACAGCGUCAAUCUGUUCAAGUAAAUCAUUUGCUAUAUUUCUGUUUCCAAUAAGGCUUUGAAUUUCACUUCCUUCUACAUAUCAUUAGAGGUUUUUCCAUUUUGCUUCAUAAUCGUUGGUUCACAGUAGGUUGCUCGUCUAAUUUGAGCUGCAUGGAAAUAUGCCCGACGGUUAUGCCACGCCUCCUUUAUUCUUCCCAAUCUGUAGUUUUUCAUAUUUGACUCUUGGCCUUUGGCCGUUUCAUAUACACCUCUAAAUGAGUACAUGAAUAUUGUUAUCCAUCAUUUUGUGUUUCUAAGGUUAAGUUUUAAACGUACCCAAAAAGAAACAUGAACCAAAAAACAUGAAUUGAACAAAGUGACUUCAGAAGGAAAGGGUGCAACUUGCCAUCCCUUGGGUUCCCUGUUGGUAGGAGGAGAGUUAAGUUCCUCUCUACUGUAGGACCCCUCCCUCGUGAUUUCAGAUGGGAGAGACCUUGCCAAACUAGUCAGAAAACAAGAAAAACAACAACAAAAUAGACCUCAAACUCCAGACUUCUGGUUGAAAAUGAGCUGUUAGCAGUAAAGAGAACUAAAGCUAUGGCUCUGUCUCUCCUAUUGACUAUUUCAAUGUGACAUAGCCUUUUUCCCAGUUUAGUUGUAUAAUGAGUAGAAAGGAGAGAACCCGGUUCAGAUCCAGAGUGUUCAUUUCUUAUCUGGUCUACUUCAUUUCAGUCCAUUGUUUUAAGGCGGUCGGCUCCGUCUGAGUUUCUCUCUCGCACGCUGGGCUGUGCUGUCUGUGGCGUUGGUACGUUUCCAUGGCAACAGCUCAUUCAGUUUCUCCUCCACGGCAGCUGCGGUGGAGGUUACCGACACCUUUAUCCCAACCUUUAUUCAGGUCCCGUGCAGCUUCGUCGGCGCUUUUGUAGAUCCUCAGUCCGGUGACCCAGUACACUCUCAUCUUGGUAUCGGGCAUCUGGUACCGGAUUCCUUUCUCCUUCAAUACCGCUUUGACCGGCGCAUCAUCAUUAUCGAAGAACAACUGUUUGCCAUUCAAUUCAAUCUUCUGCUGCCACACUUUCUUAAGUAUCAGUUCUUUAACACAAAACUGUAAAAAGCUAACUAGUAUUGAUUUUGGGGUUGAGGUCGUAGCCGGCUUUGGAAUCGGGGCUCUGGAGCCCCGGGAAGCUUUUUAAGAUUGUUUUUAAACAACUCGGUUACAAAUUCAAUGAACGAUCUCAAAUUCAAUAACCGAUUUGGUUCCUCUGAAGUUAGUAGUGCCUCUUUCAUCUCCAGACAAACUGAUUCCAGGUCUGCUAUACGGGUUCGUGCCUCGGAGAUGCUUGAGUGUUGACUCUGCAGCUCGCGUAUGGCUUCAACUCAUUAAAGUUUUCUUUCAUAGUUUUCAUGACAUCGGUUCUAAAUUCACCAAGGUCCCGUUUCACAUCUUGUUUGAAUCCUCUCAGUUCCUCAGACAGUUGUGCGAGGCCUUCCGGCAGCACCUUUUGGUGAACUACAGUUGCUUCUUCACCUGCAGCUGAUUCUGUGUCGUCUCUGCCGCCGUCUUCCUGAUAACCGACUUCGGUAACAACCGUGUUUUCUUGUUUUUUACUCAUUUUCUUGUCAGACUUACACUUCCUUUGCAAUCUCCAUCCUCUCAUAUUCAACUUAGUAUAAUACAUGUACGGCUUUAUAUUAAUCGGAGGUAUAUUGAAUAACCGACUCUGAGGAGCUCACCACCACCCGUCCAUCUUGUUGUAGCGCUUACCGGAAGUCGACUGACCUUUUCCCUUCUAUUCAAGAGAAGAAAAACCUACAGCACCUUAACCUGCUUCUUAACUGCCUUCUUACAUGUUGAGCUGUUGAUCACAAUGUCAGUGAUUACACAUUAUUUAUGGUGUAAUGUUUGAUGUUUAAGCUAAUUUCCUCACUGAAGUCCUCUUUGUCAUCAAUCUCUACGUUUGGAGACAGUGACAUUUUUGGUCACCCCAGACAGCAUUGAGAUAUUUCAUCAAGUGUGUUUUUGUGCCAGCCCACGACAGACGGGUUUCAUUUGGCUCUUUGGCCUUUUUUAAUUGCCACUUGUUUCAUCAGCAUUGUAUGGGCACUUUUAUGCACAUUUCCUUGCUUGUCCUUACAGCACGUUGCCAUGGGAACUAUGACAUCCGUCAGACCAUGGAAUUCUAUCCAUAAUUCAAUCAGGGAAAAAAAGACACUUUACAGUGAGUGGUCCGUGCUCUCUUUCUAGCUGUGAAUGAUUUGAGUGCAGCGAGAGGGUGUGCAGCUUUUAGAAGAUUUUUUCUUUACACAUUAGUCUUUUGUAACAAAUGUAAAUGUGUUUUCAAAUGUGUAUGGGCAAGAGAGAUGCCGUACCUUUUUGUCUGGCCACCUAUUCUGCUGAUAGUUCUCUUAAAUUCCGGUUCAAGGACAAAACCAAUGCGGUGGCCCACCAGGAUCUGUCCUGGUAUACCAGAAUGGCCGGGACACCACUGCUAGCUAGCAAACGGUUGGCUGUGGUGAUCUAACCAUGAUUUCAGGCCCGCCCCAAAAACCCGAAACAAAAUGGUCCAACUCCACAAUCAAGUGCCAAAAAAUUGUCUCAAUUCACAUUUUUGGUAAUUAUUUAUGUGCAAUGUGUUGAGAAACAAAUCUCAGAUUUGUGAACUUCACCAUAAUUGUGUUGCUCAAAUUCAACGCCAACGGAUGGGGGUGUCAUCGUCCUGGUUGAUUUGUCAUACUUUUUUGGGUUAGGUAUGAGAAGAUAUCAUAUUUACUUUCCUAAAAGGUUAAAGAAAUAGUUUUCCCAUUUGGAAAAUGCGCUUUGCUUUGUUGUCUUGAGUCAGAUAAGAAAAUUAACACCACUCCUGUGUAUAUCGUAAAUAUGAAUCUACGUCUAGCAGCUGAUUUGCCUAGCGAAGCAAAAAUAUGGUUAAGCAAAUAUCGGGAGUUGGUUCAUAAAGAUAACCACCACAGAAGAAGAGGAAGUCUAGGGUUCCAAGCGGAUUCUUCCUAGAGGGCUGAGGUUCUACCCAGAACCAUUUAUGAAGAAAUUAUUUGUCAUGGGCUUUUUGUGGGUCUAAGGUGCCAUUACAAAUCCAGGGGGAACAAAUGAAACCAUAUGGUUCUAACUAAAACCCAUAAUGUUCAGACUCUUAACUAGAACCUAUAUGGUUGUUGCUAGCACCUUUUAUUUCUAAACAGAUGUACACACACACACACACAGCCUAAAGCUGCUGGUGAUGUAGUACCUGGGGGCCUCUGACCCACAUCGGGCCAUGCGCAGGAUGCGUCCCACUUUCACACCUGACGAUGCGUCAUUAACCUGCUGUCUGUUGUCCAAAGAGCGGAGCUGGAUCGUGGUACCGGCUCAGCUGAGACACACAAACACAAAACACUGACACUAUACCUUCAGAUCACGCAUGGCUUUCCCCCCCCCUCCCCUGCUUUGUCUGUCCAUGUCCGAAUAAGUGCCCACAGAAACACACACCUGUGCACUCACAUGGUGUCUCCCAGUAUCAAAGCGGUGCACAGACUCCCAUUUUAGCCAAUGUGUUGCCUCAGACUCUGACACACAUACAGUCCCUCCUUCUCUCUCUCCCCCCCUCUCUCUCUCUCUCUCUCAUACACAUUCUGGCUCAUUUCUGCUUUCAGUCUCCUCUCCAGCUGUUGUAUUCUCUUAUUCCCUCUUCCCACUCUCAAUGCUUUCCUCCUCCUCUUAUUUGCCUCUCCUUCUCUUUUCUCUCACACACAAGCGUACAGAUGCACACACACAGACUCUCUCCUCGUAUCCACCGGCAACCACGCAGAGAAGCCUCCCUCACCAAGCCUGUGGAUCCCUCCACUUGACUAAUUAGCCUUGAAGUGCUGUUGAAGAUCAUCAUAUUUAGCUUAGCAACCUAGCAACACAGUGCAGACAGAUAUAGGCUGCCAAGAGGCUGGGUGCCUGGCAGUGGUCUCUCUCUCUCUCUCUCUCUCUCUUCCCACUCAGCGCCGAUGGGCUUCUCAGUGGCGGAGCGGAGGAAGUGAGGGGUGGUCUUGCUUUGAAAGCGACAAAAACAAAAAAGGAAAAAGAAACGGAGACCACGGCGUAACCAAACAAUGGGAGUCCGCUGCUGGAGCAAAUCCUUCUAGAGACGGAGACCCGGAGGAGGCGACGGUCACGGUGCAGCGGCACUGCUUCCAACAGACAGACAUUUAAGAUGAUCGACAGCCAGCUGGCGGCUCAGAGGAGGCCGAUGAGGAGUCUUCCUGGAGACAUCGGCCUGAUGAAGACCAGCACCUACAUCGUGCCCUGCUUCCUCUUUGUGGAGCUGGUCAUCAUGGCAGGCACCGUUCUGUUGGCGUACUACUUUGAGUACACGGACACGUUCCCCGUGCACAUCCAGGGCUUCUUCUGCUUCGACAAAGCCUACUCCAAGCCCAACCCGGGACCGGAGGACAACAGCAAGGCGCCGCCCGUCCUCGUCUACUCCCUCGUCACCGCCAUCCCCACUGUGACGAUUCUGAUCGGGGAAGUGACCAGUUUCUUUGUGAAGACAGAGGGAGCUCAGGAGAAGACCAUCGUGACCGCCGACUGCUGUUAUUUCAACCCUCUCCUCCGCAGGAUUGUACGUUUUCUGGGUGUCUACUCCUUCGGGCUCUUCACCACCACCAUCUUUGCCAAUACCGGUCAAGUGGUGACCGGAAACCAGACGCCGCACUUCCUGUCGGCCUGCAGGCCAAACUACACGGCUCUGGGCUGCCACUCUCCGCUGCACUACAUCGCCGAGCGCCGGGCCUGCACAGGAAACCCCUACCUGGUGGCGUCCGCCCGCAAGUCCUUCCCUUCCAAAGACGCAGCGCUCAGCUUUUACUCAGCCAUCUACACAGUGAUGUACGUGACCCUGGUGUACCGGACCAAAGGGACCCGUCUGACCAAGCCCACCUUGUGCCUGGUGGUGCUGUCUCUGGCCGCGCUGGUGGGGGUGGUGAGGGUGACCGAACACAGAAACCACUGGAACGAUGUCCUGGCUGGGUUCAUCACCGGAGGGGCCAUCGCUGCCUUCCUGGUUUCGUGUGUGAUCAACAAUUUCAAGCAGACCCAGAUAGCAAUGCAGACUCCUCCACCUGCACGGCGUCCAGAGCUCGCGAUGGGCCUUCCUCUCCUCAGCCUGCCCCGCGUGGAGAGCCCACUCGAAAAGCUCCAGGGCUACCGUAUACUGAGAUCACAUGACCAUCAGCCAAUCCCGUCCCCCGCCCCUCCCGAUGUGCUCCUCCCCUCUCGGCGUUGCCUCACCAGCGCAGUCUAGACCUGCCCACUGAAUGCCCCCCGCCCUGCCCUGCCCACCCCGUAGGACGACAUCCUCUCAGACGAGUCAAAUCCACGCAGGUCUGAAAGGUCCACCAAUCACAGGAGGCAGAACAGCAACACGUGCGCGUGGCACGCACGGCUGAAAGCUGUCCUCUGCUAAGGACCGGGAGGAGAGGAUACGCGCCCCUAUGUCCUGUUCUGUCCUGUUUGUCCUCCACGAUGGCCUCCUCUUUUCCUUCAGGUGGUAAAAGACCCAAUGAAAGAGCCCGCCAAAGCCGGAGCUGUCGAAGCAAUACUGUGUCCCUAUUUCCUUGUCCUGUUUUCCACAAAGACUCAUAACAGUGACUCUAAAGACUGUUGGCUGGAGAUGACUUGAUGAAACACUUGAUCGGAUCAAAGUAAUUCAGCAAAGCUGAGAGUUUGGGAUCGAAGAAAAUUCAAGAUCGCCCGUUCAUCAUCCUCAACAGACCAUUUUGCACUCAGGACAAAACAGUGUGGGAAAAAAGGGACAAUAAAAAAAAAUAAAAGACCUUUUAUGGAACCGUCGAGUAUUAUGGUACAGAUUUGUAUUUAUGUCUGCAAAACAAACAGUCGAGGAGGAAAGCACCUUUGCAAUUUAAGGCACAGAUGAGCCAAUUUAGUGUUUAGUAAUCUGCUGUAUCUCAUUUGUUUAUGGGGGAUUUGAUUUUGAUCUCUCUGCCGUGUAUUGUGUGAAAUGACAGACGAGAGAUUCAUACACACUAUGGCUGUGCUCGUGAUACCACCAUCAACUAAUUCCCCUCUGAGUUGACUUUUAUCGGCUCUCCAAAUGACUUUUACUUAUAUUCAGGUGUGUUUUCUAAACGUCUGUAGGUUCCACGUCCAUGCUGUGAAAUAAUUGGAAGGUUUUAUCGUACGACUUACUGCCUAUUCCCAUGUGGACUUCUCUUCUUUUUAUUUCACCACCUGCAUCUAAAUGUCAACGCAUUCACCCGCUUCGCUUCCCCGAGCGAUUGUGUUAAAAGAGUAGUCCAGCGCCAGUUGUCUGCCACGGUUUGAUCCCGUCCAGUUUUUUCCUCGCACUGACUUUAGGGAACCAACGGCACAGACAAGUGUGUAACACAGAGGUAGGACCUCUAAGUUUUGGAUAGUUUUGUACAGUAAAUAGGUUUCUUUAUACAGUAUAUACUACAUUAUUAUUAUGUUUAAAUAGUGUGAACAAUGUGAAGCUACCUGAACCUGUCCUGGAGGAACACGAGCAGAGGCUUGGUUCCGAAGAGGGAAUCAAACGCACACACUCGCCGUUUGGCUCACAACUUGCUUCGGUUUCACUCGGUUCAAAAGGACACCGCCGGCAGGUUAUUCUAGUAGGAGAGUACGCAAAGCGUUAUAUACAGAAUACAUUUUAUUAGGUGUGCGUGGGUGCGUGCGUGCUUAUUGGGAUUUGUGUGUGUGUUUAUGAUGAGCACAUUGUAUGGCAGCAAAACUGUUAAUUUGGCAAUCUGUUUUCUUAAGUUAAACUGUCAAAGGUAGCUGCUAUAAUUACACACUUGUGCUUGUGUGUAACAACAGGCCUUCAAAGGACCCCUGCCAAGGCGUCCCAAACAAUGCCUGUUAAAGCAGAAGGUGCUCAUUAUAGCUCUGAGAUUAAGCUUUUACGUCUGGAUUCUUUUUUUUUGUAAACAACUGAAAGAGUGGAGAACACCGUAACUGUCCAAAAUAAGGUUAUUUUCAUGUUAAUGUCUCUGUUUUGUAUUUAUUUACCAAAAUAAAUUGCAAUUACAACACA